AUGGUCAAUGUUGCGAUCGCAGGAGGGACCGGGGGCGUCGGCCGCACCAUUUUCGAAGUACUGAGUGGUUCCUCAGAACACAAGACAUUUGUUCUUUCACGAAAGGUUAAUGUUCAAUUGGCGAAUGGGUACCAUUUUCUCACAGUCGACUACUCCGACAUUGACCAAUUGGUCUCUAUUCUGGAAGCAAACGAUAUCAAUACAAUUAUUUGCGCUUUCGGAGUUAAUGACAGCUCUCUCUCGAGCAGCCAACUGAGUUUGGUUGAUGCUGCUACAAAGUCGAAGUCGACUAAGAGGUUUAUUCCAAGUGGCUUCGCUAUCAGCUACCCGAAAGAGAGCAUCCAAAUCCUCCCUCAACUAAAGGAUUACUUCAAAGCCAUCGACAUCCUCCGACAAUCCGGUUUGCAAUGGACCAUCUUCGUCAACGGUAUUUUUCUGGACUACUUCGGCCCGUCUGAGAUGGUCUCCUAUCUCAAGCCCAACGUGUUCGUGGUCGACCUCUCCAACAACGUUGCGGAAAUUCCCGGCGAUGGUAACACACCAGUCACGUUUACCUAUACAUUAGAUCUGGCGAAGUACGUCCUGGCCAUAUUAAGUCUUGACGAGUGGCCCGAGGAAAGCCGGGUUAUCGGAGAUGAAAUGACAUGGAAUGAAUUAGUUGCGUUGGCUGAGGAGGUUAAAGGGUCAAAAUUCAAGGUCCACUACGACAGCGUCGAGAAACUGAAACGGUUUGAGGUCACUGAAUUGCCGGGGCAUCGAGCUCUCUAUGAUAGCUUUCCGAAAAAGGCGUUCCAGUGGUUCAUGUCAAUAUUUGAGCUCUACACUUCUGACGGGAGCUCAAGUGUACCCAGGGCCGGAUCGCUGAACGAGCGUUUUCCGGAUAUCCAGCCGCUGACCGUAAGGGAAAUGUUGGAACACUACCGGAGAUGAGAGGUUGUUGCACCGGACUGCCCUAUAUUAUUCAUGGGGCUUUGGAUAGGAGUAAAAACUUUAUAAAUAAUAAAAACCAAAAUUGCAAAUAAAAACAUCGCUGGUGGUCAUAUACCCAACUACUAACCGACCGGCGUGUGGUUUAACA